AUGGAAGGAGGAGGGAACAUUGUGGACUACCAUGGUGAAACAAUGCUGGCGAAAAGACAUUUACUCCGAGACAUGUCCCCUUGUAUCGAGGUGUUUGUUUCUCAUCAGCUACUUCAAAGUGGCUUAAGCCUGGAGGCAGUAUCUGUAUCUCAAACUCUGCAUUUUCGAUCACCAGUUUACAUAGGAGAUGAUAUUCUCCGUUUGGUACAAGCCACAGCUUUUAGAGAAACCAAGAAUAAAUACAUUGUCAAAUUCUCAACCAAAUGCAUUAAGAAUCAUAAUGAACUUGUUGUUCUUGAUGGUGAAGCUACUGCUAUCUUACCAAACCUCGAGAUGCUAUAG